AUGCUGCCGGAGGGUUCCUUCGUUCGACAUCCCAAGAUGCGGCAGGGUCGCAUCAAGUUGCUCCGAAGUGGCUGGCUGAUCAGCCAACAUCCGCAGUAUGGGGAACUGAUGCAUGCCCUCAGCAUGGAUCAGGUGCGGAAGUUGUUCUCCGAAGAGGCCUUUGCCAAACUUCCCUUGGUCAAGGAAGCGGCACAAGCCGCCAAAGCCACGAGCAAUCGACCAGUUCAGCUGGAAGACGAUCUCCCAGCGACAGAUAGCUACCCCGGUGCCAAGUCGUCUCCACCAAAGCCGAGUGGAACGACGCCUACAGCUGCGCCAAAAGCUGCGCUGCCCGCUGCGAACGCGCUGCCCGCUGCGUCCCCCUCAGUGGUGACCCCACAGCUGCCUCCAGCGGCGACAGCAGCCACGUCUUCGAAAACGCGGCCGAAAGAAACCUCAAAAGCACAGGCCGCACCGGCUUCGGCUUCAACGGCUUCGGCGCCCGCUUCGACGUUUUCGACGGUGCAGGGUGCGGCCGCGCGGCAGGGGCGCUCUGAAGCUGCCUUGGUGCGGGGUUUCGGGCGUGCCUCGCAGGCGCUUCCAGUCGAUGCUUCACCAGUCGAGCGAGCGAUCGCGUGA